UUCUCGCAGUUAUUCAAGAGUCAUGCAGCUGUAGGUGAAUAUAUUUGCUCUGUGUAAAAGCAUUAAAGUGCGCAGUGACAUUGCAUAACAAUGUUCAAUCGUUUACUCACUACAGCGAGUCGAAAUUAGCCUACUCAGCAAACCCGGUUACCUGUCGUCAUCGGUGUACAAAGUCAAAGUCUUGACGGUGGUAGAAAAGGAUUUUCGCCUCUAAUGAUUAAAGUCAUUAACAACUAUUCAGCUUUCAGGUGCUGUGAUGGUGGAGGACAGGCCCAUCAUGAAGGGACGGGUAACAGUGUACUCAGUGCCAGGCUGUCCACACUGCACACAGGCCAAAGCUACUCUGCGAACACUAGGUGUGCCUGUGUGUGAGGUGGAUGUGAACAAGCAUGGAGAAAUAAGGGCGCGAGUGAAUGAGCUCACAGGUCACAGUGCCGUACCACAGAUAUUCUUCAAUAACCUUUAUGUUGGAAACAACGAGGACCUCCAGAACCUGAAUCCUGAGCGGCUGAAACGUCUUGUCCUGUCGGUAAGAGAGGAACCUGUGCCGCUGGACGCUCCACCUGUUCCUGUGGAAGAUAGCACUGAGGCUGAUGGAGCGUGGGAGCUCUCAGAGGCACUGAGGAAUCUGAUCCUGAAACUCUACUCUGAUCACCUCUCAGAAGAUGGCAAGACAGUUGAUUACAAAGCCAUGUCCCGGAGCCUGUACUUCGAGCGGUACUGUGAUCUAGCUGUCCAGCUUCAGCGCGUGGAGCUGCUGUCAAUGAGUCGAGAAGAGAAACUGGCCUUCUUUAUCAACAUCUACAACGCCCUCGUCAUCCACGGGAACCUGCGUCUGGGCUUCCCCAAAAACAUAUGGCAAAGGUAUCGGUUCUUCAACUAUGUGAGCUACCUCAUUGGUGGUGAGGUGUUCACGCUGCAGGAUAUUGAAAACGGAGUGCUUCGAGGAAAUCGAAAAGGUGUGGCACAAAUCAUGAAGCCCUUUUCCAGGAACGACCCUCGACUGCAGGUGGCGCUUCCUGACGUUGAGCCUCUCAUUCAUUUCGCACUGAACUGUGGUGCAAAGGGCUGCCCUCCAAUUAAGACAUACACACCACAGGACAUUGAUGGUCAGUUGCGUACCGCAGCGGAAGCGUUCUUGGAGAAUGACGACAGCUGCGUGAUUGACAGCGUGGGGCGAGAGGUCAAACUCAGCCAGAUCUUUAAGUGGUACAAGGAAGACUUUGGAGGCACUGAUGAGAAGCUGCUGAACUGGGUGUUUGAUCAUAUGGGAGCGUCAGAGAAGAAGAGGAAUCUACAGUCUCUGCUGUCAGAAGGAAAGGUCAAAGUGAGCUAUCUGCCCUAUGACUGGUCUAUAAACAGCACAAACUGAACUAAACCACAUUCUCAUGCAUAUGAUCACUCUAUCACUGACUCAAUGUGGGCUUCUGUCGAACACAUGCAGCGGAGAUGAGAGAUUCAGAACCCUGAAAAUGAUAACUAUGCAUUACGAUUCCCUUUACCUUGUUCCUUCACCUCGCAAAGGGCAAUGUGUUACUGUAGCUGAAUAUUUCUGACGACAUUUUUUACCUGUAAUCUUCUAAAUUGUAUUGCGGCAUUUUGCACUUGAUUAUUAUGCAGUUAAAUGUUUUAUAUAUUCUCCUACAAGAAUGUCUUUGUAAACAAAUAUAAUUUAAUUUAAUUUAUCUACAUUAUCAUAUGCAUUGGUAUACAUUUCUUUUGUACAUAUUUAAUUUAGAGUUUCUAGCCAGACUGAAAAGUAAAAAAUAACUCAUGAAUCACAAUGAAACACAAGAACUUUGCACAGACUGAGCAAUGGUGCAUAUUUCUUAUAAUAUAUUUUUUUUUACUGAAUGACCUCAAGGAACAAUAUUUAAUCAUUUUUAUAUAUGCGCACCAAUUCAACAAUACACAGUAAGCAACAGCAAUAGUUACCUACAUUUAACUAUUUAAAUAUAUGAAAGAUUUGCACAGAUACUUGUUUUCAGUUGAUGGCACAUAUUAGGAGAUGCUAUUAAAAUGU